CUUAUGUUGACACUGGAAAGGCCUUGCAACUGAAAUUUCUGGAGGAGGAGAAGGAGGAAGAAUGCUGUAGCCCUUCCCUUCUCGCUUGAAGAAAUUGUGCCGAGAGGGGGUGGAACCAAUGAAACUAGAUUGGAGGAGUAAAUGGACGAGUCGACGCCUGCAUUUCCCUAUAAUCUUUCUUCUUGCUAUUUCCAUCGUCUACUACAGACCUGCAGAUCUAGGCUGCAAGAGUGCGACCUUCAUUUCAUGGAAAUCCAAAGACGCUUUUUUCAAGAGGCAACUGGACUUUCUUGUUUUUCUUUGAAGACGUUUCGCUUCUCGUCCAAGAAGCUUCUUCAGCUCUGGAAUCUUCUUCAGCUCUGGAUUCUGGGAGUUGGUCCACAAGUCUUAAAGUUGCCAAGGUAAUGCAACCUGGGAGGCAACAAGUAUCCAGAAGCAACAUAGUCCUAAUGCAUCAGUCUGCCUUAGGCUAUUCCUGAUUCUAGAGAUUUUGCCGUGGAGGUUCAGUAUUAUGCAUGUGGAUUUAAUUUAGCAAUCAAGCUACAUCUGUGUGAUGGCCUUUCCAGAACCCAAACCCAAGAAACCUGAGCUUCCCCAAAAAUUGCUUGGUACAUUAGAAUGUAAACAAGGAGCUAUAAGAGCAGUGAGAUUCAAUGUGGAUGGAAAUUACUGUCUCACCUGUGGCAGUGACAAAUCACUCAAGCUUUGGAACCCACACAAAGGGACUCUCCUCAAGACAUAUUGUGGCCAUGGAUAUGAAGUCCUAGAUGCUGCAGGGUCAUUUGAUAAUAGCCAACUUUGUUCAUGUGGAGCAGACAAAACAGUUGUGCUAUGGGAUGUUGCCACAGGCCAAGUGAUUCGCAAGUUCCGUGGCCAUGCAGGGAAGGUGAAUUGUGUCCAGUUCAAUGAGGAGGCCAGUGUAAUUCUUUCAGGUUCGAUUGACUCCAGUGUCCGUUGCUGGGAUUGCCGUUCUCGCAGACCAGAUCCAAUCCAAAUCUUGAAUGAAGCCAAAGAUGGCAUCUCCAGUCUGAAAGUCUCAGACUAUGAAAUUCUUACAGGUUCUGUGGAUGGACGCGUCCGACGCUACGACCUCCGUGCUGGAGAACUCUGUGCAGACUACAUUGGAAGUCCCAUUACCUGUGUAUGUUUCAGCAAGGAUGGGCAAUGCACACUGGCUGCUAGCUUGGAUUCUACACUGCGAUUGCUAGACAAGGAUACAGGCGAGCUACUAGGAGACUACACAGGCCACAAGAAUGUAACUUACAAGAUGGACUGCUGCCUGAGUGAAAGAGACACACAUAUUGGGAGCUGCUCAGAAGACGGAAAAGUUUAUUUCUGGGAUCUGGUUGAGGGCUCCCUUAUUCUGGCCUUGCCAGUGUGCAAUACUGCUGUCCAAUCACUGUCCUUCCACCCAGUUGAAACCUGCCUACUCACUGCUGCAGGGGGUCUUGUUCAGUGUUGGCGGGAAGAAUCUUACACAGCUGAAGAAGGUGUGCCUGCAUGACUAACAUUGCCUUUGUGACUGCACUGAGCAGGACUGCAGAUACAGGAUGAUGGACCUCUCUGCUGCAUUUCUCUUACACUUCUAUGAGUACAGUUGUAUGUAUUUUACUUUCAGGAGGAAGGAUGGAGCAUAAUUUGGACUCUGCUUCUUCUGUAGAGCCAGCCUGACUGAAAGCUGCCCUUGAGCUUUCAGGGCUCAAAUGUUUCCUUGCUUUAAGUGACAGUAUUUUUAAAUUCAACCUAUCUAUUAUAGACAUUAGUCAAAUAAAAAGUUCAUUUUUUAAAAUUGGGUGUUUCUGGAUUGGAAGGAAAUACAGUGGGCAUUGUUUUAUUGUAUGUUUUUGUGGCUCAGAUGCUUAAACUACAUAAACACUAGUCCUGAUUCUUCACUUGGACAAGUAUAUUACUCAUAUUUUUUGGAGUAUAAGACACACCUUUUUCCCCAAAAAAAGAGGCUGAAAAUCUGGGUGCGUCUUAUACUCCGAAUGUAGCCCACGCAGCUUUCUCAAACGGAGGUUUCAGAGGCUGAAAAAAGCUUCAGAAAAGAAGUUCCCAAACAGAGCUUUGGAGGCUUUUUUUCUGAAGUUCUGUUUUGGAGGCUUUCAGAGGCAGAAAAAAGUUUUUUCUGAAACAGUGUUUCAGAGGCAGACAAAAAAAAGCAAAAAAAAGCAAGGCACAGAGCUCACAACCAAGGAACCUGUUGCCAAAAUUCACCUCUGGGAACAGCUGAUUGGGGAUAUUCCGGGAGGCCAAUCCACCUGCCAAUCAGCUUUUUUCUUAUUUUCCUCCCCAAAAACUAAGAUACAUCUUAUACUCUGAAAAAUACUGGAACUGUCACUGUAAAAAAAUAAAGUAAUCUUGAAAAGAAAAUAUGUUUUUUACUCUUAGCUGUUUAAGGUGACAGAAAAAAUAUUUUGAAUGCUGAUGUUCAGAAGUGCUCGGACCUUGUUGGUCACAUCUGCUUGGUUAGUCAACUGCUACAUGCAUAUCUUUAAUUUUACAUCUGAAUAGAAAAAAUGCCUUAAUGUUACGGAUUGUUAAUGACAGAUAUUGAAGAAAAUGUUUUUAAAAGGCUAUUAUCCUGGAAAAUUCAAAUGUUAACUUGAACUUUUCUAGGGAGCUCAUCCUCCUAUGAUAGAAAUUAUAUUUUUUUAAAUUGGAUGUUUCUGGAUUGGAAGGAAAUACAGUGGGCAUUGUUUUAUUGUAUGUUUUUGUGGCUCAGAUGCUUAAACUACAUAAACACUAGUCCUGAUUCUUCACUUGGACAAGUAUAUUACUCAUAUUUUUUGGAGUAUAAGACACACCUUUUUCCCCAAAAAAAGAGGCUGAAAAUCUGGGUGCGUCUUAUACUCCGAAUGUAGCCCACGCAGCUUCUCAAACGGAGGUUUCAGAGGCUGAAAAAAGCUUCAGAAAAGAAGUUCCCAAACAGAGCUUUGGAGGCUUUUUUUCUGAAGUUCUGUUUUGGAGGCUUUCAGAGGCAGAAAAAAGUUUUUUCUGAAACAGUGUUUCAGAGGCAGACAAAAAAAAGUAAAAAAAAGCAAGGCACAGAGCUCACAACCAAGGAACCUGUUGCCAAAAUUCACCUCUGGGAACAGCUGAUUGGGGGUAUUCCGGGAGGCCAAUCCACCUGCCAAUCAGCUUUUUUCUUAUUUUCCUCCCCAAAAACUAAGAUGCGUCUUAUACUCUGAAAAAUACUGGAACUGUCACUGUAAAAAAAUAAAGUAAUCUUGAAAAGAAAAUAUGUUCUUUACUCUUAGCUGUUUAAGAUGACAGAAAAAAUAUUUUGAAUGCUGAUGUUCAGAAGUGCUCGGACCUUGUUGGUCACAUCUGCUUGGUUAGUCAACUGCUACAUGCAUAUCUUUAAUUUUACAUCUGAAUAGAAAAAAUGCCGUAAUGUUACGGAUUGUUAAUGACAGAUAUUGAAGAAAAUGUUUUUAAAAGGCUAUUGUCCAGGAAAAUUCAAAUGUUAACUUGAACUUUUCUAGGGAGCUCAUCCUCCUAUGAUAGAAAUUAUAUUUUUUUAAAUUGGAUGUUUAUGAGUUCAAAAUUAAAAAGGUUAUAUGCUGUGCGUCAGUGUGGAAUUCUAGCUGAACCCUAGAAAUGGAAGAGAAUGAUAUGAACAGAUCAAGUUACUAUUUUCUCGGGAUGUAUUUAAUGCCUUUGAAUUCAAACAACUGAAUCCAGAAUUGUAUAGGUGUUAAAUAAAUUAAAAUUCUCCUCCCAGAACUACUACAUUUUAAGACUUGCACAAGUUAUGUAUAACUAAGUAGAAACAUAUUUUUUUAUUGUGGGAAUAUUUUAGCAGUCCACUCAGAUGUUUAAUUCUAUUGUUACAUAUUCAAUGUACCUUGAGAAGAUAGAUCUUUUUGUAUUUUAAGGCAUUAAAAUAGAUUGGUUUUUUUCCC